ACAGUUACUGUAAGGUAACGCAAAUAUUACAAAAUGGUAACUAUACCAGAAAAAGCAACCGAAAUUGUGAACAAAAUUAUAGCACAAUCCAAUGAACAUAUUUCGCGAACUAUAUUUGUAGUUGGAAGUAAAUCAGCGGGUAAAUCAACUCUUAUUUCUAACUUUCUCGAAAAAAAUGAAGCACCUCGAGAGACACUUGUACUGGAAUACUCACUCGGCAGAAAAUCUGGUCAGAAACAAGGGUUAGAGAAGAUAAUAUGUCAUGUUUGGGAAUAUGGCGGUAAACUGGAACUAUUGAAGAAUGUAUUAACCUCUGUCCCUUUGCACAGGAUAAGUUACUUCAUAGUAAUGUUAGAUUUAAGCAAAAUCAAGACUAUUUGGAAUACAAUAGAAACAUGUGUUAAUUCUUUAAAACAGUAUGUGGAGAAAAGUACUUCACAGGAUUUAAUAUUGAUUGGCGGAAAAUAUGACUUAUUUAACAAUUACGAUAGUGAAAUAAAAAAAAUAAUUUGCACAACUCUAAGAUGUGUGGCGCUAAUUAACAACGCUCAUCUAAUAUUCUAUUCAUCAAAAGAGCCACAACUAAUGCGAAGAGUGAAGGAAAUGUUACAUAAUGCUGCGUUCGGAAAUGGUAUAGUAAUAAAAGAAAAAAAUGUAAACUUCAUCAAACCACUGGCAAUCCCAAAGGAGUUCGAUUCCUGGGAAAGUAUUGGGAUCCCCAAAUCUACGAUGGACCAGGUUAAAAUGCGACACUUAACAAAAAUACCACUGGAAGUCGAAGUUAAAGAAAUUGCAAGUUCUGAAUUACAACGCUCUCACCCUGAACCGAUUUUGGACUCGCUUGCUGCAUUGAAGUACGAAGAUAUCCGUAACAUGGAAUCAUUUGAUCCCUCUAUAAAUGAUUAUUUAAUGUGUUUGUAA